AUGGCCUCUCGCCAAAAAGCGCCCACCCCGAGCCGUCCGUUUCCGGGUCGAUCACCCGUGAAGGCGACGCGCGGAGCCUUUCCAGCUCGACCCGGACACGCCCUCCGCCCACGCCGCCGCCCCAAACCACGCAUAGAAAUAGGCGCGCCCACCGCGCCGCGCCGCCACCACCUCGUCCAAAGCGCACAAACAACUCGUGCCACGCAAGGAAAAGAAACUUGCCCGCUCGGUGCAACAGCAGCAAUGGCGGAGGAGGGGGUCGUGGUGCUGCGGUGCUUCGACGGCGUCAAGCUCGCCGUGCCAACGGCCCUCGCGACGCAGCGAUCGGGGCUGGUCGCGGACGCGGUGGCCGCUGGGGUUCGCGUGGUGGACGUGCCGGGCAACGUAUCGGGCCACGUCGUGGCGAAGGUGGUCACGUACUGGGAGGCCCACGGCGCGAUCGUGGCGGCGGGCGCGGAGGUGGCGGUGUUCGACGCCGGGUUCCUCGUCGGGCUGCGGCACGACGCGCGGGUGGACCUCAUCCACGCCGCGCACCACCUGGGCGACGCGGCGCUCUUCGACCUCUUCAGGUUCGGGACCUGAUUGAGCAAUCUCCCACCACCGGAUCAGGAUCCUGCGGUUAAUGGGUCUGUUUGGCUAGCUUAGUUUCUCUAGGGUUCAAUUACCUGUUUUUAUCUUGUAUUUUCUAAUAAUAAAGAGGA